AUGGUUUUCAACAGCUCUUCGCCCUACCCUGAGGGCGUCAUCUCCUUCCUCGACACCGAUCUUUACAAGUUGACUAUGCAAUGCGCAGUCUUCAAGUUCUUCAAGGAUGUACCCGUGACAUACGCCUACACCAACCGAACCCCCGAUAAGAAGCUGUCGCGAACCGCUUUUAAAUGGCUUGAGGAGCAGAUCGGAAAGCUCGGAAACAUCUCCCUUUCCACCGACGAGUACCUUUUCCUCAAGAAGCACUGCGACUACCUCUCCGAAGACUACCUGAACUUCCUCAAGGAGUUCCGCUUGAGCCCCCGCGAGCAAGUCGUUGCUACCUUUACUCCCGUUGGCGAGGACACUGGUGACGACACUACUGUUGGCGAUGUCGACAUUCAGAUCAAGGGCACUUGGGUCGACACUAUUCUCUACGAGAUUCCCAUGCUUGCGUUGACAUCUGAGGCCUACUUCAAGUUUAUGGACACUGAUUGGAACUACGAGGGUCAAGAGCAACAGGCUUUCGACAAGGGACUUCAAUUGCUCGAGGCAGGAUGCGUUACAUCUGAGUUCGGUACAAGAAGACGUCGUGACUACCACACCCAGGCUCUCGUCUUCAGAGGACUUGUCCAAGCUUCUAAGGAGGCCGAGAAGAAGGGUUUCCCCGGCAAGCUCUCUGGAACAAGCAACGUCCACCUUGCCAUGCGCUUCAACAUCCCUCCUGUUGGAACCGUCGCUCACGAAUGGUUCAUGGGCGUUGCUGCUAUCAUUGGUGAUUAUAAGCAAGCCACUGAGGUUGCACUACGACACUGGGUGGCAUGCUUUGGCAGCAAGCUUGCUAUUGCUUUGACAGACACCUUCGGUACUCAGGAGUUCCUGCGCGCCUUUACACAGCCUGUGCAAACCAUCGAAGGUGGAUUCCCAGCUGAGACCUUCAAGAAGGCUGAUGGAAGCAUGAAGACAUAUGCCGAAGCCUUCGCUGGCAUUCGACAGGACUCUGGUGACCCUGCUGAGUAUACCAAGUGGAUGCGAGAGUUUUACGACAAGCAGGGUAUCACAGACAAGAAGACGAUUGUGUUCUCCGACUCACUCAACAUCGAAAGAUGCCUGGAGUACAAGAAGAUUGCCGAGGACCUCGGUUUCCAACCUACAUUUGGUGUGGGAACAUACCUUACCAACGACUUUACCAACACCAAGACGGGCAAGAAGUCCGUACCUCUAAACAUUGUUAUCAAGAUCAGCUCGGCGGCAGGCCGUCCAGCUGUCAAGAUCAGUGACAACAUUGGAAAGAACACCGGAGACAAGGAUACUGUUGAGAUGGUCAAGAAAGAGCUUGGAUAUGUUGAGCGUGAAUGGAAGGAGGGAGACGAGACUUCGCGAUGGGGUAAGGCGUAA